UGUGUUCCUUUCGGGUUAGGUCUCUGACUGUCUGAUCUGGACAAGCCCCCACUAUUACUAUAUCGAAAUCUGAAAUCGCAGGCAGUGAAACGCCACGCCAUGUGACGCAUGCUUCUGACACACAGUUAAGAGUAGAAUUAUUCAGUUCUUCUGGAGUAGUUCUGCAGCGCCCAGCAGUCUGGGGAUAGACACAGGACGAUCGAGGGAAAGGUGGUGUCCUCGAAGGACGGCAGAUUGGAAAUGGAGGGGUCGUCUCGAGAGGCUUGACCCUGGCAUCCUUGUCGGGCUGUGGAGAGGAGGGGUGAGUGGGGAAGAGAGGGCCGAGCGACGUGACCGGGAUUAAAGUGGAUGCUACAAGGAUGGAAGCGAUUGCACCAGCUGCUGAUAGCCUUGGCAGCUCUGUCUCCUUCUCUGAUUGGCCGGCUGCGACGCAAUCGUGCCAAGGAGCUGGCGGCACACGGACCACUUGGCUGCAAAUCAUGGAAACCGUGAGUUGAUCUCUGUUGAAUUGUGCGCCGCGAACAAACUUGGGGUUUUCCCGACCCCCCGCCCGACUGCCAUCACCACUCCCCUCCCUGGCCUUGGAUUUGAAGAUUUUCUGCCGUCCGUGAGGCGCUGCACUGGAAAUAUCAUUUUACUUUCCCUCUUUGCUGUUGGUUUUACAUAAUAGGAUCCAGCCUAGGCCGGCCACGACGAGGAGGAGCGGCGUUCGCAUUUCUAAUGCUGUGCAAGUUUCGAAGCACCUCCACAGCGGCAGAUAUGCAGCCUGAACUAUUUGGAGGGACGGGCACGAUCCGGGGGGGCAGAGAAGAAGACGCACCUGGCGACACACAGUGUACACACCCUCACCAUCCUUAGCACCAUGGCCGGCGGGAGCCUCCUUGUCCCCAGGCCGUGUCCCCUCUUGGCCAUUGCAACCUCCUCCCGAAGGCCCUUCCCAUGGGCCACUCAAGCGAUGCUGUUCACGAUCUGCCCCAGCGAGUGCGCCAUUAGCGAACACUCUCUUCCCCUCUCAAGCAUGACCUUCAUUUUUCCUUGCAGCGCUGGGCGCGGGCGUUCGGUUCUUGUGGCUUUCUAAACGCGCAGAAUCCUUCUCGGCCUACCCUGACUGGCACACACACCUUUUCAAGGGUCACGCACCCUCCAGAGCACCUACACACACCUCCCCCAGCUGCACUCGCGGGUUCCAUGUAAGUCAUCCGCUGGUAGACACCACUAUCUCGAACGGCAUCAGAGAGAGACCCACCUGGGAUCAACGAGAGAUACAGGUCUUCAUAGGCCGGAACGCUUCUUUCCAUGUACCGAAGCAAAACUGCUGUCACAGCUCCUGUGUUCUUUGCCAGAUCCACGGAUCUAUCACUCCAACUCGCGUACUCCCGGACCCAUUCCGAGUAUACCCACUCCAGAUGCUGCUCGAGCCCAGAACCAAGGCCCGCUGCUUCCAGGAAACGAGGACGGGAUUGGCAUCGACGGGCGCUAAAGCAGCAUGCUUCAGCAGGCAUGGAGGUAUCCAAUGACCAGUCCAGCCCAUGUCACCAUCUACAGAAACAGAUUUCCCUCGAGAGCAUGAGGGAGCGUUCAAAGUUACCAAGAUGCUUCGUUCAAGGAAUUUCCCACAACGUAUCGUCAUCUCAGUCGAAUCCAAACGGUGCCGAGCAUGCAAGAUAUCGAUAGAGGAAACCGCCCGGCUAGCUACCCCUCUUGACCCUCGUCUCGCUUUUCCAUCCGACUCGGCUUAUGUAUACACCCGAGGCACAGAUGGGCGCGCACCUAUCCGGCCGCCGCCCACUUUGCUGCAGCUGGGAUCUGUGGAUGAGGCCAGGGGAAACUUCAAGAGACGCGAGAUAUCCUCUUUUGGGAUUGUGAUGCCGCGGCCUGUGUCUCUCGCUUACGCAUUGCGUUUUCGACACACACGGCCUCUCGCCACGGAGAAACCAAUGCGGCGAUUGUGUCUUGAGUUCUUCAACAUUGAGAGGGGGUUCUACCUCGCGGGUGGAUUUCGCUGCUUGACGACCUCUUCCAGAGACUGUUGCCAAAGGCGGGGCAAGGUCGAAGCUCUGGAAGUUUGUUUCGGCAACUUAUCUUAACAUGUCGUUGUGUCUGCUUGCUAUUUUUGGAAGGCGGGGAAUGGGGGAUCAAGUUGAUCAAGUGUUCGGCUGUUGCAAUCUGACGACGGCCCAACGAGCGGCCGGACAAGACAAGGGCCUUGAUGACCCCUUCUUGGGUCCGACCGAAGCAUGCCUCUCUCUUGUCACUCCUGCCCGUCGCUAGAUAGAUCCAAGAUUCAAACUGCAGCACAAGCGAACCAAGGGGUUGCAAUCUGGCAAAAUGCGCCGGUUGAAUUGGUGCAGAUCAUAUGAUGCAGCUUGGGAGUAUUUUACUUAGAGUGCUUUCUGUCUAGACCGGUGUCAUCAAGAGAGAGCUUGACGCCCGUGGCUGCUGUAAUUUGUGAUGCAUCUCCGGGUACCGACGCGGCCUUUUGGUGGUGAAAGUUCUUUGCUGAUGUUGCUUCCAGCAUGGCUGGGAGAUUUGUUGGAUUACACAGUAUGGACAGUAAGCUGUGAUAUUGAGUGCUGUGUACCCGGUGCCAGAGUGCUGUAGACGGACACUUAGACCUGCAGUGCAACAGAUAUCGGCCAGGUAAUCUAAUAUGCCACCAACAAACAUGGGUGUCAACAGAGUGCGUGAGACGAGAAUUCGGACCUAAGUCUGGGCAGGGGACCUGAACCCCCUCGCACUUUUGAAGAGGAUGAAGCUGUGGGUGCGUUUUGGGAGGUAGGUGUAGAUAUUCUCAUCGCGACACGAGAUGAGCCUGAGCAGGUCCUAUGGGACAUCUGAGAGAUAAACACUAUGUAUCAUAACAAGCCUUCAAAAGACAACCAAUAGUUAUGUCCCACUCAGGAUGUCGUCGUCGUCGGCUGCCCGCAUUACCCCGCGGCAGGCGCUUGUGAAGCGCUAUCGAUAAGAGCUAUAAGCGCUAAAGCUGCACUGAUUGGUCGGAGAAGCGACACCAAGGAAUUCAACAUUGGUAAUCGCAACCUCUCCAUCAAAAAUUCACCAAACCACAGCAGCCAUCAACGAAUUUUCAAGGCGACCCCUUCAAACCAGGAGACAGGAAGAAACGAAUUUAUCUUGAAAACCCACAGUCGGCACAACAGAGAAAACAAAUUUAAGAAAUGGCGAGUCUAAAACGGUCGGUCGAGUCGGACCCUCUCGCGGCCAACAUCUCGAAUAAGAUCUAUGUGAGAUCCACCAAGAGCGGCAAGGUCCAAAAAAUCGUCCGCGAGGUCUACCUCCGUCGGGACAUCCCAUGUUCUUCCAAGCUGUGUCAGGAGUGCCAGCAUCAGAUGCUCAUUCCGAAAGAUGCCUUGGGCAAGCCGAUCCCAUUUGUCCUCUCAGACUCACCGGCGGGGACAAAGGUCUUCCCCCAGGGGCACUACCUGGUACCAGACACCAAUGCCUUUCUCACAGCCAUGGACCUUUUCGAGCAGGAGUCUGCUUUUUACGACGUGAUUGUCCUGCAGAUUGUGCUCGAGGAGCUGAGGAACAGGUCGCUCCCGCUGUACAACCGGCUCAUCAGCCUGACCAAGAGCGAGGACAAGAGGUUUUAUGUCUUUUUCAACGAGUUUCGACUCGAGACUCAUGUGCCCCGUUUGGAGGGCGAGACGGUCAAUGACCGAAACGAUCGUGCGGUGAGGAGGGCGGUGGCGUGGUAUGGCGAGCAUCUGGCCCGUAUCAAGGGGAAGGAUGCCCCUUCUAUUGUCAUGCUGAGCAACGACCGGGAUAAUCUGAAGAAGGCCAAGCAGGAGGGGAUUCACGCUUGUUCGUUGGCGGAUUAUGUCAGGCAGUUGAAGGAUGGGGAGAAGUUGCUGGAUAUGAUCCCUGAGACGCAGGAUCGGGAUCAGAUCAAGGAGAAGAGGCCGGGGGAUAACUUGUAUCCCGAGUACUUCAGCAUGUCGAAGAUGAUGACGGGGGUGAAAAGCAAUUUGCUUCAUCAGGGCAUCUUCAAUGUGUCGCCGUACAAUUAUUUGGAGGGGUCCAUUAGGGUACCGGCUUUCCCCAAGGCGUUGCUUAUUCUGGGGCGGGAGAACAUCAACCGUGCUGUUGAUGGUGACUUGGUUGUGGUGGAGGUACUGCCUAAGGAUCAGUGGAAGGAGCCAUCUACGCAAGUCAUCGAGGAGGAUGCCAUCACGAAGAACGAGAACCCAGAUGCCGAAGAGUCUGAUGACUUUGUUUCGGAAGGGGAACGCAAGGCACUGCAGGAGGAGGUCAAGAGAACACACAGAAAGACGACGGAGGGACAUGCUCAGCCGACUGCAAAGGUUGUCGGUGUGAUCAAGCGGAAUUGGCGUCAAUAUGUCGGACAUAUCGAUCAGUCCUCCGUCAGCCAGUCGGCGCAACAAGGAAGGAAACAAGACAAUGUUUUCGUUAUCCCUAUGGACAAGAAGAUCCCCAAGAUCCGCCUCCGCACCAGACAGGUCUCCGAACUUCUCGGAAAGCGCAUCUUGGUCACGAUCGAUGCUUGGGACCGCAGCUCUCGCCACCCCUCCGGCCACUUUGUGCGCUCUCUCGGUGAACUGGAGACGAAGGCUGCCGAGACAGAAGCCCUGCUCCUGGAGUACGACGUUCAGUACCGGCCUUUCCCCAAGACCGUCCUCGACUGUCUGCCCAAGGAAGGUCACGACUGGCGGGUGCCACAGAGUCUCGAGGAUCCAGGCUGGAAAGACCGCCAGGAUCUCAGAGAUCUCUUGAUUUGCAGUAUUGACCCCAUCGGGUGCCAAGAUAUCGACGACGCUCUUCAUUCGCGGCCUCUACCUAAUGGCAACUUUGAGGUUGGAGUCCACAUCGCCGAUGUUUCACAUUUCGUCAAGCCCGGCAACGCCAUGGACGCCGAGGCCAGCAUUCGUGGCACCACAGUCUACUUGGUCGACAAGCGUAUCGACAUGCUUCCGAUGCUUCUCGGUACCGACCUCUGCUCUCUCAAGCCCUACGUCGAGCGCUAUGCGUUCUCGGUCAUUUGGGAGAUGACCUCUGAUGCCGACAUCGUGGACUCCCGCUUCGCCAAGUCUGUCAUCAAGUCACGUGAAGCCUUCAGCUACGAACAAGCACAGUUGAGGGUGGACGACAGCUCUCAACAGGACGAGCUCACCACCAGCAUCAGAACUCUCUUGGUUCUCUCGAAGAAGCUCAAGCAGAAGCGUCUCGAUGCCGGUGCCUUGUCCCUCUCCUCCCCAGAGGUCAAGGUGCAAAUGGAGUCCGAGACCUCAGACCCCAUCGACGUCAAGACCAAGGUCCAUCUCGACACCAUGUCCCUCGUCGAAGAGUUCAUGCUUCUCGCCAACACCUCGGUCGCCAGAAGGAUAUACGAAGCCUUCCCCCAAACCGCCAUCCUCCGCCGCCACGGCGCGCCCCCCAAGACCAACUUUGAUGAACUUGCCAACCAGCUCAAGGUCAAGCGCGGCCUCGACCUCAGCGUCGAAUCCUCCCGCGCCCUGGCCGACAGUCUCGACCGCUGCGUCGACGAAAAGGAGCCCUUCUUCAACACCUUGGUGCGCAUCAUGGCCACCCGCUGCAUGAUGUCGGCCGAGUACUUUUGCUCCGGCACGCAGGCCUACCCCGAGUUCCGCCACUACGGUCUCGCGUCCGAAAUCUACACGCACUUCACCUCGCCCAUCCGCCGGUACGCCGAUCUGAUGGCCCACCGUCAGCUCGCCGCGGCGAUCGAAUACGAGGCCAUCCACCCCAGCACGCGCAGCAGGGGCAAGCUCGAGGCUGUGUGCAAGAAUAUCAAUGUCAGGCACCGGAACGCGCAGCUGGCGGGGAGGGCGAGCAUUGCUUACUAUGUCGGCCAGGCGCUCCGCGGCAAGGCGACGGAGGAGGACGGGUUCGUCAUGAAGAUUUUUAGCAACGGGUUUGUGGUUUUGGUGCCGAGGUUUGGGAUUGAGAGUUUGAUAAGGCUGAGGGAUCUGGCUGAGACGGAGCCGCAGGCCGAGUUUGACACGGAGAAUUAUGUGCUGCGGGUCAGUGGGAGUAGGGAGGUGAGGGUGGAGCUGUUCCAGAAGGUGAGGGUGAGGGUGACGGAUCAGAAGGAUGAGACGACGGGGAAGAGGGGAGUGAGGAUGGAGUUGGUCAAGACCUAUUAGAUGGUGGGGGAAAAGGAAGGUUAUUGUAGGGAAGUAGUAAAAGAGUAAACCAGGGUACAUGUAUGGUUGUUUUCUUCUCUGGACCAAUUCUCCUGCGUUUUCGUAGUUUUUUGAGAGAUUCGGAUAUCGUAUUUUCCAUCAUGCUAAACAAGAAAACGACACCAAAGGCCACAAAAGUACAUAAUAUACCAUCUUUCAUUCAUUUAAACCCCCC